ACCUCACUGUGCCACGUGCUGUGGCAUAUUGUGCAAAAAUCACUUAAAGUUGAUGUGAUCAGCUCAUGAAAUUAGAAGGGAGAAGUGUGAAAGACACGUAUGAGGAGGUGGAGAAGUUUGGCUUUGUUAGGGCUUGCAAUGUCUGGAGCUCAAGAAUUUGCUUUAAUUAGUGACUUGUUAGAUUAAGCACCUAUGACAUCGCUUAUGGGAAUUUAUACGCUGGGGAAUCCAUAAUGAUUGGUCACCCUUAGUAGUGAGGGUUAAAGAAUAUACAUGCAGGUAUAUGAGUAUUAAUUGAAAUGAAUUUGAGGUGACAUGCAUUGACAUGCAUCGUAUCCAUGAGUAUACCCUGGAUUAUGGUAGGGGUACGUGGCCCUACUUUGCGGAGGUUCAGGAAGUUUUGAUGAUCCAAAGUAUAAAGCUUAACUCCGUCAUGACAGACCUAGGAUAUGGAAUGAUCCAUAAGGUUAUCCUAAACUAAGUUAAUCCCAGCAGGUGAAAAUAUAAUUGCUGCCAUGUCUGCUGGAGACGCAGAGGCCGAGCAAAGGCCAUCUUCAACUUCACAGCCUCACCAAAUGGAAUCGCAGCAAACAUACCAUUAUGUUUCAAGUUGUUGGAUCCUACCCGAGAAGGAAACGAGAAAAGAAUCCAAGCUGCAGCUACAGAUGGUUUUCGAGAUAAGAGGAUCUUCAGCAGUGGAUGGGAAUGAAAGUAAUAUAGACGAGCCGCCAGAGAAAAUCUUCUCGAUGCCAAGUGAUGGAACUUCUACAACAAGUGUUGAAAUUGAAAGGCGCGUCUACACACAAAUCCAACAAGAUGGAGCGUCGAGGAGAGAAUUCCUUAUUACUCAAUUCGAAGUGGUUUAUAGAGAUAAGAGCAAUAAUGAGAAUCAAAAUACAUACUCGUCAUGGGAGUCGUAUAAUUCUGGCCCCACGAUAACAAAGCAAGAACAUGGACCCACCAAGGACAUGAAUUUGCUAACAGCUGCAUAUCUUUCAAUGAAUGGCGACAACGUCGUAAGUUGUAACAGGGAUUUCAUUGUACCUGAUUGGGUGGAGAGAGGCCUCCCUCAGAACGCCAUUUAUACGCAGCGAACCCCACGAGGCAACACUGUUCUACACUUAGCAGCUUCCUAUGGAAACAAUACAAUGGUAGAGAAAGUAGCUCAACAUGCUCCUUCCCUUUUCACUGAAACUAACAACAACUUCGAUACGCCAUUGCAUGUUGCCGCCAGAGCAGGGCAUGCCUCUACCAUUCAAUCUCUUUUGAAGGCUUUUUUACCUUUCGCACACCAGCAAACAAGUGGCCGUGAUGAUCAAGAUAAUUUGGUGAUGAUGCUCUUGAUAUCUCUCACUGUGCUGCAAAAUGAUCAAGGAAACACUUUCCUUCAUGAAGCCUUCACAAUCAAUGGCGAUAAUGGGGCAAUGAUUUUCCAAGCUUUCCAAGAUCCUUUCAUCACAGGAGAAAAUUCAGAGGUUGAGGCUAAUUUCAAGACUUUUGUUAAUUCUAUGGCACCAUUAGUUGUUAACAGGGAAGGAAAAUCAUUGUUAUUUCUUGCCAUUGAGGCUGGCUGCAACCAUGUUGUUACUAGAUUGAUGGACAUGUGCAUGCACCUUGAGUUGCCACCUCGAGGAAGAUCACCUCUUCUUCCAGCAAUCAUCAAUGAGGAUAGAGUUAUCCUUGAAGAUAUACUGAGUAAGAAACCAGAUUGGAUACAUCUAAGGAAUGAAAAAGGAAGGUAUCCUCUUCAUGAGGCAGCAUUUAUAGGUUACCUUAAAGGUGUUUCUUACUUGAUCAAAAAAUGUGUUUCUUGCACCAUGGAAAUGGACAAUGAUGGCUUCUUCCCAAUUCAUUUGGCUUGUAAGGGAGGUCAUGUUAAAGUAGUUCAAGAGUUACUAAAAUGGUGCCCAGAUCCUAUAGAGAUGGUGGAUAGGAAAGCCCACACUUUUCUUCACAUUGCUAUCAAGAGUGGGAGAUAUGAAGUGGUUAGGUACAUCCUCCAACAUCCUAAGCUCGAGAAGCUAAUGAAUCAAAAGGAUAAUAACGGGAAUACCCCUUUACACAUGGCCACCCUCCACUGGAAUCCUAUAAUUGUGCAUGCCUUUACAUGGGAUAAAAGAAUUGAUCUUGCUUUACUCAACAAACAGAACCAAACAGCUUUAGACAUUGCUGACCAAUGGCUUGAUGAUAAUACAUCAUUGGCUCAGAGACUUACAUGGAUUGCUUUGCAAUCUUCUGGUAGACCUCAAAACUUGAUGAUGAGACUUACUCCCAAAAGAACACAGACAGAAGUAAAGAAAAAAGAACCCAAAACUGAACGAUAUAAAGACAGAAUUGACACUUUGAUAGUGGUUUCAACUCUUAUAAUAACAGCAUCGUUUGCUGCUGGAUUGACCAUGCCAGGUGAUGUUGAUGAUGGGACUGCCAUUAAUCUUAAUCGCCAUGUGUUCCAUUUGUACAUUCUAUGUCUCUCAAUCUCUAUAUAUGGUGCCAUCAACUCAACAAUUAUUCUCAUAUGGGCUCGACUAGGGGAUCUCCGUCUAAUACUUUUUGCCCUCAAUUGUGUAGUACCACUUUUGGGCAUAUCUCUUAUGACAUUAUCGCUGGCAUUCUUGGCGGGUGUAUACCUAGUGGUAAGCAAACUUACCUGGUUGACCAUUACCUUUGUGACAACAAGUGUAAUUCUAGUUGUCACGAUUGUAUUAUUAUACACUCUCCUUUGCUUACCCUCCUCCUCAACCUUGCCAUUCAUGAGAUACAUCUCUUACUAUCCUUUUCUUUUGCUUGCAAAGCUUGCUGAACCUCAAAUUGAUGAUGGUGCCAACCACAAAGCUUCUCAAUUCGUUCACAAUACUUUAUAUACUUUAAAUGAUUAUAAAAUACCAAAAGUAGUUAAUUAAUAUGCCUAUUCAUGUCAAUCGUA